GCGCGCGCUACCGCGACCCGGUUGUCUGAGCAGCCAUGGACAGCGGAUUCGGCUCGGACUUCGGCGGCACGGGUGGUGGGAAGCUGGACCCGGGAGCCAUUAUGGAACAGGUGAAAGUGCAGAUCGCCGUGGCCAAUGCGCAGGAGCUGCUACAGAGGAUGACGGACAAGUGUUUCCGGAAGUGCAUCGGGAAGCCCGGGGGCUCCUUAGAUAACUCGGAGCAGAAAUGCAUCGCCAUGUGCAUGGACCGGUACAUGGACGCCUGGAACACCGUGUCCCGCGCCUACAACUCCCGACUGCAGCGGGAACGAGCCAACAUGUGACCAGGACCUGUGCCUCACGGUCGGAACUGUUUUCCCUACCAGUAACGGCAGCUCCUUCCAGCCGCCCCGAAGUCUGGCAGCAUGGAGGGCUCCGGGGUCGAGGCCUCUACCCAGGGCUGCUGCGUCCAGCUCAGUCUCAGAAGAGAGUGAGGACCUGUUCGAGCGCGGGGAUCUGGCUGGCCCCACUGACCUGUGACCUCAUGAGAGCAGGCCAAUAAAUCGCUGCUGGGGCAGAAAACCUGGCGUGUCACCUCACUGCUUCAGUUCCCUUCCCCAGAGUAGGCCCCGACCUCCCAGGGUAUCUUUCUCCUUGGUGUCUCUGGGCUGCUGGCUCUCGGGGAAUUCGGAGCGUGGUCUCAGGUGCCUCUUCAUCCCAGAUAGAGACCAGCCAGGAUAAGAAGCAUAGCUCCGGGUAGCUCAUCAGCUGUCCUGCAUGAGGCCCAGGGUGCCAUCCUCAACUCUGAAUAAACCAAUUGUGGUGCA